CUGGCACCCAGACACAGGCCCACUCUCACUCUUAACUUCAAACUGUCAGAAACACGCAGCCAACCAAGUUUGAAGCGGUCAAAAAAAUAUGUGUGAAAUGACACCGUCAGGUCAAAUCUCUGAUGUAUUACUAAUGACCCCUGAACUGAGGGAUGUGAAGUAGAUGAGGUGUGGAGGAGACAGAGCGGCGCAUUUCAACUGAGCAGCAUAUGAGAGGAACUAUUACUGUAAAUUAAUCCACACUCAAAGGGGCAGAAUGUAAAAAUAUACAUUUGAUUAUCAACAGAAUGUUAAUAAAUAGCAGUUUGACAUUAUGUCUGUGUAUUGGUGUAUUGUAUCUGCUAAUGUUAGCAUGCUAACAAGCUAGCCCACCACUCCCAGUCCAAAGCUCCUGGUCCACAUGGUCCUCGAGCUCCCAGUCCAUGCUGCUAGCUACAAGGCUAACCAAGCUAACUGGCUAAUUGGAGCUACAGUUAGCAGCAGUUAGCAGCUACACUAAUAGCAUACUGUGCCCUGUUUGUUUUUGAGAAGGUAUUUGAGAGGUGUAUAAUUCUCACAUGUUGCACCUCGAGCUGCUGGAAACAUCCACAGCUCCUCCGUCCUCGAUGUUUUCAGUUGGUCACCAGGGAACAAACUGCCGUGGCAACCAGCCGGUGCGGUGACGGACAGCAGAGAACAAACAGAUGAACAGUCUUCUAGUAACUUCAGACAGCUCAGGUGUUUGUUCUGGGACACGUCAGGAUCAGACAGACAGGCCUCGUCCUUGUCUGACAACAAUGACUCUCUGUAGUGAGCUGGGUCAAUAUUAACUCAGUGCAGUUUCAGGACCUGCACAGCGUGAAGACGAGGAUACAGAUUAUGUGAUUAGACCCUCAGAAGCUGGUGGAGACCAAAACAGAGCAAAAGGGGAGUGAAUGUUGGAGCAACAUGUGUGAGAAGCCAGCUCUGAGUUCAUCCACAUCCCUUCAUUAGUCCACCAUGGUGUUGAAGGGAAGCCCCUGCUCCUGUCGGUUGAGACCCGCUUCCCGUUGGAUGAGGUUGAGAUCCAGGGAACGUGGUCCCUCACCAGGCCGAGCGGCUCCAGGUCCACGUUGGUGACGUUUACCAAAGCGGCCACGAUCACCGACAUGAUGUACCGCAACCACCUCGUCUUUAGAGAACCCAAUGUGUCUUUACAAAUCCGGGAACUAACCCCGGACGACGAGGGGGAUUACCACCUGAAGCUCAACAUAGAGUUUCAUAACAGGACAGGACGGGUCAUCAAGGAGGAGAGAACAGUGCAUGUAACAGUGGACGUCCCUGUGUCCUCUCCCGUCAUCGAGAAGAGCCCGACAUCUGCAGUCGUUGAGGACAAGGCAAACGUAACCUGGCGCUGUUCUGUCGAGAAUGGAACGAGAGUUGUGUUCCAGUGGCUGAGGGACAACAUGGCACUCGCUCCCAGUGACAGAUACCACUUCUCCCAAGACAACUCCACACUGUUCAUCAGUCCUGUGAGAAAGGAGGACAAGGGAACCUAUAGCUGCCUGGCCAGCAACCCUGUCAGCCGGGGUCGACCCAGCCGGGCUGUGGACCUCAACGUCUACUAUGGCCCUUACAACCUGGAGGUGAACUCAGGCCAGGGCCUGCGGACAGGAGAAGUGUUCACCAUCAACCCUGGAGAGCUGGUCUUCUUCGAAUGCCAGGCGGAUUCCAACCCUCCCAACAGCUACGUCUGGAUCUCCAAGAGCCGCAACGUCACCCAAGUCAUCACUGAGGGCCCGCGGCUGGAGGUGCGCUCCUACAGACUGGCUCAGGCCGAAGAGUACCUGUGUCGCGCCUUCAACAACGUCACGCAGAAGCAGGACGAGGCCCAGUUCACUCUGGUGGUGGCCAGCUUAGGAACAGGGAAGGAGAAGCACACCCAGGAGGGCAGCUCUCUGUCCCCUCUGGCCGCCAUUACUGUCUCUUCUUUGUUCAUCAUCGGCUGCAUGCUGCUGGUCUUCAUCAGGAGAACCUGCCAUCCUAAGAGAGUGCUUAUGAGCAUUUACAACAGACCGCUGACAGAGCAGAAACGACCACAUCGUUCAGGUCACGAGGAUGCAACAGAAGACUUCGGCAUCUAUGAGUUUAUCUCCAUACCUGGGAAAAUGGAGUCUGCACAGGCAUCGUGCAGGUCUCUGGCUCGCCUGGAGUCGGUUCAGGACAUGCACACCACCAUCUACGAUGUGAUCAGACACGUCCCUGAAACUCCGACUCACAGUUUGCUGCAGUGACCUCCGGUCGGACAGUUGCCAUAAAACUUACAGCCAUUCCACUUGAAGACUCUUGUGUAGCUUUAUUCUCUCUGAGCCGCGACUCGCUGGCUCUGGUUGCACGUUUUUUUUUGCACAGGGGAUGAAGGAGGUUUGUGUGAGCACACAGGCUGAUCAUGCACUGUUGAUGUCCACAGUUUGGGACACAUGUUAAAUGUCUUGCUGAUGUUAUUGUGAGAUGAAAGUGUAUGUGUGGUUUGGAUUAUUAUUUUUUUAUGUGAAAGUAAAACUGAGGUUGAGUCUGUUUUUCCUGUUUUGGUCCAACUAAUCACAGCGAUCACAUGAAACCAUGCGAGUUAGUAGUUUUAUAAGGAACCUACAAGGCGCCCUCAUUCUCAUUAAGAGCUGCAAUGAUUGAUAAAUUAGUUGUCAACUGUCAGUGAUUAAACUGAGUUCCUUCAGAAAAUUAAAUGUCAAAAUGAUUUGAAUCUAAAAUGUGAACAGCGGAUUAAUUCAUCAAGAAAAUAAGCCAUAGAUUAAUCAACCUUUGGAAAUAACCAUCAGCUGCAGCCACACCUGGAUUACUAUUCAAAACAUGUUGAAUUUAAAAUUCUGGGGGUUUAUUUGCUGUUUGAUUGAUAUCUAACAUUCCCACCCAGGAGAGUCUGUGUUGUAUGAAAACAAGUGUUAUACUGAAUGCAUUUUCUUGAAUGAAUUGUAUAUAUAUAACUGUAAAUAUUGUACAUGGAUGAUACUGCAGAUUGUUUAUACUUUUUUGUUGUUUUGCUUAAAUAUAUUUAUUCCUGUAGACGCACCUGUCCCCUCAAAUGUAGCAUUUCUUCUGCUCAACAUGGAUAAAGUGAAAUGCUGAAACAAGGAAAAUGAUUCAUAAUUUAUUGUACAGUUUGCAUUCACAUGUUUGUUUUGUAUUUUAUUAAAGAUAUAUCUGUUUA